AUGAGCUGAGUUCCUGGAUACAGCAGUCUUUUAAACAUUACGUUACACAAGAAGCUAAGCAACACUUCAAUGACUAUGACAAAGACGGUGAUGGAUUACUGUCUUGGAAGGAGUAUAAUAUGCAAAUGUAUGAUCGUGUAAUUGAUUUUGAUGAGAACACUGUCCUGGAGGAUCAAGAAGAAGAAUCAUUUCGACAGGAGAAAAAGCGUUUUGAAAAAGCUAAUAGAGAUGAUGUUCCUGAUCUCAACGUGGAUGAAUUUGUUGCUUUUGAACACCCUGAAGAAGUGGAGUAUAUGACGGACUUUGUCAUUCAGGAGGCUUUAGAAGAACAUGAUAAAGAUGGUGAUGGAUUUGUUAGCCUGGAAGAAUUCCUUGGUGAUUACAGAAGAGACCCAACUGCAAGGGAGGAUCCAGAAUGGAUACUGGUGGAGAAGGAUCGCUUUGUGAAUGACUACGACAAGGAUAAUGAUGGAAAACUCAACCCUCAAGAGCUGUUGUCUUGGAUAGUACCUAAUAAUCAGGGUAUCGCACAAGAGGAGGCUCUUCACCUUAUUGAAGAAAUGGAUUUGAAUGAUGAUAAAAAGCUCUCUGAAGCAGAAAUCCUUAAGAACCAGGAUUUGUUCCUUAACAGUGAAGCAACGGAUUAUGGUAGGCAGCUUCACGAUGAACGUUUCUACCAUGAAGAACUUUAGAUUAUUUAUUUUGUAAUCUGUUUUUCUUCCGUUUCUUUCAUUUGGAGCUUUUGUUAAAAGCACCCAUCAGCUAUGUUGUGAGUUUUAUGCUGUAAUUACAGUACACUAAUGUUUGCGUAAAUAAUUUGUAUUCAAAAUUUAAUUGCCCUCCUGCAGACUUCCUUGGGCCUCUUCUAGCCGUCAAAAUUAAUCUUAAGUACUUACUUCCAAAAUUCUGUAGUGUUGGGAAAUAAAUUACUUAAGGGGUAGUGCUAUAUUGUGAAGAGUUGUUCUGCUGUACUUGAAGAAAAUGGAGGCUCUGAAUGAUUCUGAAAGAAUGCAAACCAUAGUAACUGAGAGACUACUAUUUUUUCUAAUCAGUUUAGUUAGGGUGGGCAGUGGGGAAGAUGAAGGGAUGUUUAGAGUCAGUAUUAACUGUGUUUUAUUUACUAUGUUUGGAGAAACACUUAGAUGAACACCUCAAUUGUUUAAGAGGUUUCUACUUAAUUUUAAAUGGUUUCUAUACUGUGUUUUAUUGUAUCAUAAAACUUGCUAUUUUUACAUCUAUAGACAAUAAUUGUUUUUAAUGUACGAUUCUACAGCAUUAGCAAUACAAUGGUAUUUUGCAGUGUUAAGACUCUUAAUUUGUUGGAUUAAAAUUUACAAUAUUCU